GGUGCGUCCACAUAGACGAGCGAGGAUGAGAUGCUUAUCGGUGGCCUGAGCUCUGUGGAUCAGAUCGGUGAGGUUCCACCAGCUGCAAUGACAAUUUCAAAAGUAAUUCUUCUGCUCCUGGCGGCAAGUGAAGCAAGUUGGGAUGUGCAUGUGGUCUCCAUGGAUGUGAAGUCAGCGGCAAAACUGCUUUAACUGAUGAUGCGAUAAAGGGAUGAUAUAUGAACCUGCCCGAUGUAGCCAAAACUAGAGCUGGACUUUCUCCACUGCAACCUCCUCCCUUCCUCCCAUGCACCCUCCCCCUCUCGCUUAAUCUCUCCCUCCCCCUCUCGCUCUCUCUCUCCACACACUCUCUCAGAUGAACACACGCAGAGAAGAGGAAAAGCCAGAGAGGAGAACUGCAGCAGCACGAUGGGGAUAUUCUGCCUGCGUGGGCUCCGCCGCUGAGGCGUCCGGAGUUCGGCUACAGUGCGCGUGCGUGAGUGUGUGCGCGUGCGAGUGUGUGUGUGUGUGUGUGCGUGCGUGCGUGUGUGUGCGCGAGAGCCGCUGCCAUCGGCACGAGGAGAAAAAGGGGGGUGGGGGGUGGGGGGACGGUGGCAGCGAGGAGGAGAAGCGAGGAGGGAGCGUGGACUCUGACAGGGGCUUAGAGGAACAUCACACCACUGGAUCAGAGGACGCCGAUGUGCAGCAACUACCCGAAGUACUGCCGCCGCCGCCGCCCGUCGGCGAACUUCUGCCAUGGCAUAGCUCGCCUCCAACCCGCCGAGGAAAUGGGCACGCACGGGCACAGCCGGGGACCUGGGCUAUCACAUCCUUCGCGUCAGUAAUUCACAGUCUGAGGAAACAUGGUGAGCAAGGAGGGUGGCAAAUGCAUGCUCACCAACUCAGAGUCUGACUCGGAGGCGGCGCCCCCGCCCUCCACUUCGCUGGCACUGGAGGUGAAGUAUUCCUUGGAAGCCAAUCGACAGGUGAGGAAGAGGAACAAGGCCCUGCAAGUGCGUUUCAAGGAUAUCUGCGAGGCCCAGAACGAGCAGAGGGAGGCGGGGCUGCAGGCGGGGAAGGGCGGCAAGCCGGUCUCCUACAAAGUGGCGUACCGGAAGUACAUGACCGUCCCCGCUCGCAGGUCCAUUCCAAAUGUCACGAGGAGCACGGGCGUGCAGACCUCACCUGACCUGAAGAAGCGCUACCAGACAUUCCCGUUCGAGCGAAAGAAAGGCCACACUUUUAAACACGUGGUGGCCGUGGAAACUUAUAAAGGUCAGAACAACGGCUUUGUCAUGGAGGUGAAACAGUCCAAGGGUGCCGAGCAGGGCUUCGAUGACGAGGAGGAGGAGGGAGCCUGCAGAGGGAGCGGAGUCCGGAGGACCAGGGCUCUGCUCCAUACUAAUGAGUGCGUUGCCACAGUGGAGCAGCACACUGCACCUGAUGGCCUAUGCUCUGACGCUCUGCUGCUCAGUUGCUCUGCAGACACAGACUGCCUUGCGGACGCACAGAGGGGAGCACAGGCGGAGUACCAGCUCUGCAGUGCCCCAUCCAAAGCCAGGACAGGAUUACAACACAGGGAGGGCGAUGCCGACCGCUCGGCUAAGAGGCAGCUGCUGAACCUGGAAGGGGGCUUUUCUCGGACCCUGCCGGACAGGGCCUCCAAGGUGACGGGCCCCAUCGCCUGGAACUCCCUGACCCAGGUGGAGUGCCUGGACAGUCCGUCGGUGCGGAGCAAGAGGAAGAAGGGCCUGCAGCUGAACGGGCUGCAGAGUGAGACGCUGCCGCGUUCCAGCGCGGGCUGCACCACGCAGGCGCAGUGCCACACGGGACAGCUUUCCGCCCGGCCUCUGCGGGGCAUGGAGGAGCCGCUGUCCCCGUGCAGGGGCGUCGAGGCCGGCGGGGCGCCGCCGGACCACGCGCAGGAGGCCUGUAAGCAAAUUGUGCCUAUGAAUCAGGACGGGGAUGUUAAAGCACAGCUCCAGGCCAUGGAAAGUCUCAUCAGCUCUAGCCAAGAAACGAUCAAGGUGCUGCUGGGGGUCAUCCAGGAACUGGAGAAGGGGGAGGCCCACAGAGAGGGACUCUCCUAUCGAACCGGACAGGACACAGCCAACUGUGACACAUGCCGGAACAGCGCAUGCAUUAUUUACAGUGUGGAGCUGGACUUCAAGCUGCAGGAGGACAAGCUGCAGCCGCUGAUGAAGAGGCUUUGCCCCACGGACGACGCCCACUUCGCCUCCCUGCCUUACCCCCAGGAGGCCUUCACCUCCACCCCCAAGCGCAAGUCCAAAGCGGACUCCAAAAAGCACGCCCGCUGGAAACUCUGGUUCCUCUGAAGGAGCAGGAUGUCGCGUCCCCGCCACACGCACGGGAUUUAUGCAUCCAUGCGCUUGUCCUUAUUUGUUUGAUUUAAAUAUCACCAUCUGCCGCGUCGCAUCCUCUUUGGCUCUCCGCGGACCUCAUUGCCAGUGAUAAUGGAGUUCUUCACCUUUGAAUACUAAACCCCUCGUCAGAGAUGAAGGGAUAUAUAUUGGAACACAAGUGUGGAUUUCGGAGGAAAAUUCAAAAUGUCACGCUCACCAGAAACGGAUUUAGAGUUAUUUUGAACUAAUUUCUUCAAACGGGGUGUGAAAUUACCCCAGGACAACAUAUGUGAGGAUCAGCAAGGUGAGAAGACAAAUUUGAUGUCCCCGUGUCUAUUUGCAUAUAUUUUUCUAGCCGACAUCGGCGGAGUCCUAUUCUAUGGUAAUGAUUCAGCAACUGUCACGUUUCUGUUCCGCAGCUGGGACUCUGUCUUUCAUCGCAGCCUCCAGGAGAGGCUGGCGCGUCAACAGCAUAUCACUGUACUGCAAAGCACAAUUAACAAUGUUCAGGACACAUUUUCUCUGAAAUAAUUGAAAAGAACUAUUUUGCGAAUUAACUCACGGUAGAUCACCUGUUAAGUACAACAGAAGACUUUGGUAACUACUACAGAGGAAACCUAAGAAGGACAGAUGCGAACAGAGUCAGACAUGUUUGACGUAGUUCUAUAUGAUCCACAGAUGUGUCUCCUUGAACUGACUUUGAAGAAAAAAAUGAAUAUCACAUAUUUUCUUAUUUAACAUUUGAAAAGUUAAACAUCAAUGUACUUUUUUCUAUAAAUAUGAAUAUAAAUCUAUACAUACAUUCA